UAUUUCCCCUUUCAGAAUAGGAGUGUAUCACACAGCAUCCUGAUGAAGUUCUCUGCAAGCAAAAUGUUUUUCCUGUUAAAAGUCUUUCUCAGCUAUUGAUUUCAGAUGUUCCAGAGAGCUUAGCUGAAUUCGGCUGCAAGGGAUUUGUACAAACCAUGACAAAUAUGGGAGGUGUUAUCAGAACUCAAACUGUGAAAUUUAAUCUGCCCUAUUGUGCUGGUACCCAAGUAUGUCUGAAGCUGCAGCUGCUUAAAUGAAGAGUCCAGCUUCACUCUGUGUACUAUAAGCAGGACAGAAUUUCACAAUAGCAUUGUAUAAUCCCUUUGUGCAGAUAUUCAAGGGCUAGGGGGGCUGAUUAGUCUCAAAUACCACUCAAAACAGACAGCCAUUGUAUAACACUGUCUGUCUUUCAUAACAUGCCAGCAGAAGUCUCAUGAGGAUGGUCUCAGCUUAGUUUGCAGCCAGAUUUCUACCUACCAUUUUACCCCAGGGGUAAAAAAAGAAAAGCUGUCAUUUUGUACCAUCACUCUCAUGUAACCCAUGUUUGGGGGGGAUGUUAUUUAUGUGAAAUUCUUUCUCCUGCAAGCACAAAACCUUCCUCUGACCCUGAUGUGAGUAGGCACAAAGCCAUAGAAACCAGGGGAAGUUACACAAGGGCCCAAAACUGUUUAUGGGGCCAGAUCACACACUGGACCUAAUGUUGGUUGCCUCGUGGGCAGUAGGUGGGGCUUUCGGCAUUUGCGGGGGAGCUCUCCAAUGAGAGCCAGAGGAGGCAAAGGCUACAACCAUCUGGUUUUCAUAACAGCAUCUCCAUCCAGUAGGGCUGAGGCACGGGUGGAGUUUGAUGAAGCUAAACUAUACACUGACAAGCAGCAUCUUGUACAGCCUCAGAAGGACAGGCUGCAAUAGCUAGAAGGAUAAGGACAGCCUAAAAUCUCUGGAAAGAUGAUCAAAUCCUUCAAGCAAACGUUCCUGUCCCUGGAUCUGCAGUCCCCUCGGUGGAGCUCCACAGAGACAAUGGCAAAGGAUUAUGAACUGCGUCAGUACGAGACAGCAAAGUGGGUCAGCACAGUCAUUAGGGGAGAAACCCAGAAGGAGGCAAUGCGUCAGGGCUUCUGGAAACUCUUCCACUACAUCCAAGGGAAGAAUGAGAAAGAAAUGAAGAUUGACAUGACUGUGCCCGUGACAUGCCUGAUAAAAUCUGGCUGUGCAGACUUCAAGGUUUCUUUCUUUAUUCCAUUUGAACAUCAGGACUCCCCACCACAGCCCACUCACUCCGAUGUUUUUGUUGAGGAGAGGAAGGCAGCAGCCAUCUUUGUCCGGUCCUUUGGUGGAUUUGCCUCCCCUGAAAAAUAUGCUGAGGAAGCUGAAGUCUUGGCCAGAAUCUUAAAAAGCAGAGGCCAACCAUUCCAUGAAGACUUCUUCUAUACUGCAGGCUAUGACAGCCCCUUCAAGCUCUUUAACAGGCACAAUGAAGUGUGGUAUUUUAAAAAGUAAUACAAUGGGGGGGGGGGAUCAAGAGGCUACUAAUCAUCUCUGGAUGUAGAAAACCACCUUAUUAAUGGCUUUUGCUUUAAUGCAGAAGAGGUUUAAUUUCCACCUGAACACAAGAUCACGCCUAAUUGUUUGUAGGAUGAAAUGCUUUCUCGCUAAAGAUAUCAGCUUUCUUUAAGAUGCAGCUUGAAUU